GUGCUCUGGGACUCGGUGGAGGUGGGAACUCUCCUAACAGUCCGUUUUCUUACGCUGAGAGUCCCAGGGUUGCUGCAAAGAGAUCUUCCUUCCCGCUCCUCUGCAAAAAGCUCUAGAGAAAACCGAGCACCAUGUACACCUUCCUGCCAGAGAACUUCACACCGGUGAAGCAGAAGCCUUCCAAGGAGCUGAGGCCCAUGCUGGGGGCCAUCUUGCUGGGCCUCAUCCUGUUCAUUGCUGCAGUGGUGGCCUGGUGCUACUACACGGUGUCCCUGCGGAAGGCGGAGCGGCUCAAGACGGAGCUGAUGGACCUGCGGGCGGAUGGCUUUGUCAUCAGGAACCAGCACGGGGAGGUGGUCUUCCGCCUGGCCUUCCGCUCGGGCAGCCUUGACCUGGAGUCGUGCUCCAAGGAGGGCGAGAUUUUGAGCUGCACGCGGUCGGGCGGGGGGCCGCUCAACUUCUUCAUCCAGACGGUGAAGCCCAAGGACACGGUGAUGUGCUACCGUGUGCGCUGGGAGGAGCUGGCAGCCGGCCCGGCGGUGGAGCACACCAUGUUCUGGGAGGACGCCCACUGGUACGGGGGCUCGGAGAUGAGCACCCAGCACUGGCCCAUCCGCCUGUCCGGCUACCAGGAGCCCGUGCCCUACGUGACGAGCGACGUCUACUCCUUCCGAGACAGCUUCGGCGGCAUCCUCGAGCGCUACUGGCUCUCCUCCAAGGCGGCGGCCAUCAAGAUCAACGACUCCGUGCCCUUCCACCUGGGCUUCAACGCCACCGAGCGUGCCCUCUUCUUCCAGGCCCGCUACAAGGACUCGCCCUACAAGCCCCCGCCGGGGCAGCAGCCCUUCCCCGAGCUCAGCUACCGGGUCUGCGUGGGCUCCGACGUCACCUCCAUCCACAAGUACAUGGUGCGCAGGUACUUCAACAAGCCCUCCAAGAUCCCCGCCGAGAAUGCCUUCCGAUACCCCAUCUGGUCCACCUGGGCCCUCUACAAGAACAAUAUCGACCAGGAUAAACUCUUGCGGUUUGCCGAAAAGAUCAAGAAGUACCGUUUUAACUGCAGCCACAUUGAAAUUGAUGACAUGUACACGCAAGCCUAUGGGGACUUUGACUUUGACCCUGUCAAGUUCCCCAAUGUAACAGAGAUGUUUGCAAAACUGAGGGAAGAUGGGUUUAAGGUCACCCUGUGGACUCACCCUUUCAUAAACUACAAUUCCUCCAAUUUUGGGGUGGGAAUUGAGCGUCAGCUGUUCAUCAAGGAGCCGUCGGGGCGGCUGCCAGCCAUGGUGGAGUGGUGGAACGGCAUCGGGGCCAUCCUGGACUUCACCAACCCAGCAGCCCGGGACUGGUUCCAGAGCCACCUGCGCCAGCUGCGACACAAGUACGGCAUCUCGUCCUUCAAGUUUGAUGCAGGCGAGACCAGCUACCUGCCCAAGCAGUUCAGCACCUUCCGCCCACUCUCGGACCCCAGUAUCUGGUCACGGCGCUACACGGAGAUGGCCAUCCCCUUCUACGAGCUGGCCGAGGUGCGGGUGGGCUACCAGUCGCAGAACAUCUCCUGCUUCUUCCGCAUCAUUGACCGUGACUCUGUCUGGGGCUACGAGCUUGGCCUCAAGUCCCUCAUCCCCACGGUGCUCACCAUCAGCAUGCUGGGGUACCCGUUUGUACUGCCAGAUAUGAUCGGAGGAAACUUCCUCCCCAACAAGACGGAGGGGGCAGUGGAGAUCCCCGACCGGGAGCUGUACGUGCGGUGGCUGGAGCUGUCAGCCUUCAUGCCCUCCAUGCAGUUCUCCAUCCCGCCCUGGCUCUACGACAAGGAGGUGGUGGAGAUUGCGCAGAAGUUCACGGAGCUCCACGAGUCGCUGGUGGCUCCGCUGCUGCUGGAGCUGGCUGGGGAGGUCACUGACACGGGCGACCCCAUCAUCCGUCCCAUCUGGUGGAUCUCGCCCCGCGACGAGGCCACUCACAGGAUUGACUCCCAGUUCCUCAUCGGGGACACCCUUAUGGUGGCCCCUGUCCUGGAGAUGGGCAAGCAGGAACGUGACGUCUACCUGCCGGCAGGCAAGUGGCGCAGCUACAAGGGGGAGUUAUUUGAGAAGACCCCGGUGCUGCUCACGGACUAUCCCGUUGACCUGGACGAAGUCGCCUAUUUCCUCUGGGUUUCCUAACGGGCUCCUCCAUCAGCUUUGGGAUAACCAUGCCUUACCUAGGACUUUGUAACAAAUAAUUCUUAUUGCACAUUUUGUUUUAGACUGGGGUUGAGUAAGGGAAUU